CCAUAUAUACCAUCAUUUCGUUGCAACUCUGAACACAUUUAAUUGCAUCACAUACACAAAAUUAACACAAUUUAGGAAGACGAGGAGUGAGAGUGACGAUUGGUAUGAUAGAUUGAACCCCAUCUCGGUAUAUUUAAUCUACCCAAUUAGUUCCUAAGUUCAAAGAACAAAACUCGAAUCAAGAUCUUCUUCCAAUUAACAACAAUGGGCGGUGAUUCUGCUUCCAGCGGAUGUGAAGGAUUUCUGGAGGAAACGAGAGAGGCUUCUCCGGCGAACUUGCUAAUCAAAGUUGAAUCUUUUUCUUCAUUCUCUGUUAAUCAUGGGCUUGGCAACUACGAAUCGAGGGCUUUCGAAGCCGGUGGCUAUAAAUGGAAGCUUAUAAUCUUUCCAGAGGGUAAAGAUGAAGGCUGCCACGUUUCUGUUCACUUGUGUAUUGCAGAAACCAGUUGUUUGGCUGUGGGGUGGGAGAUUAAUGUCAUCUUUGCCUUCUUUGUGUACAAUCAUCGCAUGGAAAAUUACCUCUGCUUUCGAGGGACUACGCGGAGAUUUAAUGCAGUUGUUCCCAAAUUGGGGUUUUCCAAAUUGAUCUCUAAGAAGAGUUUGAUGGAUCCCAGUAAAGGGUUCGUUGUAGACGACAGUUGUGUGUUUGGGGCCGAAGUUUUUGUCAUCAAACCCCAACGAAUUAAUGAGUGUUUGAGCUUGGUGAAACUUACAGCUCCAACUAUUCAUGAAUGGAAGAUUUCCGGCUUCUCCAAAUUGAUAAACAAUUCUUGGACUUCGGAAGAAUUCGUUGUUGGAAAUUACAAAUGGAACGUUACCCUGUAUUCAAAGGGAGAUGCAAAGGCAAACGGCAAGUAUAUCUCCAUCUUUUUAUCAUGCAAUGAUUCGAAUAGCUUCGCCCCUAAUCACAGACUUAAAGCAGAGAUUUGUUUGCGCAUCAAAACUAAGCUCGGCCUCAACCACACUAAAAACUUUAGUCACUGGUUUAUGUCAUAUGCACCAAGUGUUGGAUAUAGUGAUUUCAUGGCAGUUGCUGAUAUGAACGAUCCCAGUAAAGGCUUUGUUGUCGGUGACUGUUGCAUUCUUGAAACAGAAGGGUCGGUCGCAGCUCUUGUUCUCGAUGCUCCUAAAAUAUAAUACUCCUACUAUAGUCUUCUGUUUCAUGUUUUUAUUUUAUGUCUGGUAUGGGAACUAUUUUCAUCGUCUUAUUUCAACCAUGUUUUUUUGUGUCUGGGAAAUGAGAUUUUUUGUUUGGAUGCAUGGUUUAAUUUUGAAA